AUGUGACCCCGAUAUUAUCCCGCGCCUCUAGAAAAAACAAUCCCCGCCAUUUUUAUUCUUCGCAAUAAACUACCAACGCCCGCGCAACGUAACGAUUAAUGCCAGCAACGUUUAAUUCCAUUCUGGACUCUCAAAUGCGAAUCGAAAAUGAAUGAGCGUUUCGCGUAUCGAUGCGAGGUAGGGGAGUUGCUUAUGGGAGGCAGUUGGCGAAACGCGUUUUAUUUUGGUCUAUAAAAAAAGAUGCAACGCAGGAUGGCUAUUUAUAAAAGCCAGGGCACGUAAACGUUCCAUUUUUCCCGGGUCGCUUUGAAAGAAGCGCAGUCCCAAGGAUAUCGUACGCUCCGCUACCUAAGGAAAACGUGUCAUCUAGGGUAGAAAGUUCGCCGCGAGAAUUACUUACCGGUGAUGAUACCGUGGAAGCUAAACUGCCCGAGGGACGGUGACGUGCACCGUCGAAAACGGCAAAUUAAUGGAACGAUUAAUAAAGAAACUCGAAACUGGGCUGAGCGGAAAUUUUCCCUACAGAUUCUCAACAGGGGAGAUUGGUCUAUUAUAGCCGAGAGUACAUAAAGGAACUUUCUCUUUUUACGAAACCUUUGGGAAUGCGAUACUUUUACUAUGUUCGUAAAUCUCCUAACUUUAACGACCUGUUAGCGUCCUCGUAAACUUCUUUUUUUAUUCGAAGAGUCAACCUACUUAGCAAGUUGAAACACACAGAGUAAAAAUAUUUUUUAAUCAUUCUAUAAAUAAUUUUAUCGCUCGGAGCUAUUAUCAAAUUAAUCAUAAAAAGUUUGAGAGAAAUCGGAUACCCCGUUUGACUGAGGAUUUUGUGAAAAGUUUAUUCUUUAAAAGAAGACCUUGGCGUUCCGAAACAGCUGACUCGUUGGAAAAAACGGGUAAGCCAGACAGACACAGCGAGGAAUAUCAUCCCCUUUAGAAGGGCUCCAGACAGACGAACCCUCCAGGCAGCAGCCCUCUACCCCUUUCCUCCGGGCGACCGUCCCAUCGCCAUAGCAACCCCUUGGAUUCAGCAGCCAGAGCCUAACCAACCGAUUUGCUCACCCCCGCGCUCGGACCUGUUCGUUAUUCGAAUAUUUGCAUCAAACAUCCCCUUUUUCUAUCUCGUUUUUUUUAUUUAACGCACUCGGAACCGGACAAUGCUUUGUUGUCGACGAUGUGUAUAUAUGCAUGUAUCAGAGUUGCAGAAGCGGUUUUAAUUUCCUUUUCAUUCUCACUAUUGGGUGGGUGUUACUGAUUGUGUACUGAUUGUAAACGAGGAGCUCCUAUUUCUAUCUCUAGAAUUGCUGCACUUAUGAAAGGUGUUUGGAUUAGAUAUUUGUCUCAAUGUUACAGAUAAACUGAGAUAUAACUGAAACAAUUGUUUCAGCCUCUAAAUAGAGUGAUACCUGCCUUUAAUUGUAACAUAAUGCAUAAGCUGCUUUUUUAGAUAUUUAUAAAUAUGCUUACAUUCGAACGUGAUUACUUACAUUUUUCUUUUAAAGAGAAAGUUUGUAAUUCUAGUUUCUCUAAAGUCACAAUGCAAUGCAUUGAGAAAAGAUUCGAUGGCGAUUACAGAAACCAGCGUUUUAGUACCAGAGAAUGCCGUUUUCAUCGCGAAUCAGCGAGUCGAAUGAUGGACUGACAAUUUUCGAAAUUGCAGCCACUUUUUUUCGCCGACCACUAGAAUAGCCUACGUCACGAACCUCUAUCCUUUUAAGAUCACGAACGCCUCUGCACUUCCGUCAGUCGCCCAUCGUUUCUUUCGUUAGACGUUACUCCAACCGAGAAAGUAUGCUCUUCCUCUCAAGAGUGCUUGCGUUAAUCGGGUUUACAGCUUUAAUCUCCGGCCAGGAUACGAAAACUGUGUUUCCGUUCCCCGGAAAUGGUUCCAGUUCCGGGUACGCGCUAGAGAAAGCCGAAUCCGUCUUUGAACCGGAAGUAAUGCGCACCCCGCAGCCCCUUGCUCGUCUUCCGACUAUGCCCGUCAAUUAUUUUCUCUCCGCGCCACAAAGGACGUUCAUUCAUCACAGGAGCGAUGGUACUGUACCACCACCUUACGUUUACGAUCAUCCGCAUUACAAUUAUCCCAUGGCGCACUCGAUCGACUAUCCAGUCGCUCCGUCCAUGAAACCUUUUGUAAUCGUCAGUUUCAUCGGGCUGCUGCUACUCUUUGCCAUUAUUCAGAAUACACUUGCGAGUGUGAAGAGGAGAGAGCUUCUGACAGACGUCCUCUCGGCUAGGAAGAAGAGGGAACUUUACACUGCAUACGAUACUAAUUCUGUUACGUCGGAACAGGAAGACGUUCUGGACGAAGACGCGAGAGUACGGUGCAUACAGAGGACAGUUUGCCUGGAGAAUCGGAAGCUAGUGAAAGCGUUCGGAGCUACCGGGAAGAUACUGGCCAAGUACUUAACACGUGGCGUGGAAAGAUCAUUGAAACCGGGUUCCGGUUGGGAUCGGCUGGUGAGAGACGCGGGUGAGGCUGGUAUUCGUGGUGAGGAAUGCGAGCUACUUUAUAGAGAUUGUGAUGAAGAAAUUUUUUCGAAGGACGAUCAUCGAGAUUAGAAUAAAAUGUAAAAAUAUAAAUGAAUAAAGUUUGUUGUCAAGGACUUUAGCUUUCUUUUUUACUUUAUGGAAUGACAA